UUUAGAAGCCAUUUUGGACACAGAUCAGUAACAUGCAUGUAAACCCCGACCGACCUCCCGACGCAGCGGUGCUACUGUUCAACUGAAUAACCUCAAAAAAGAGCGCUGAGCUCUCGACUUGGACGCGAUAGUAGCCUCGCAUUCGGUUUUGGACCCACUUCCGAUGCUAAAGGCUGCACCUUUUGUCGGAGUAACCGCCGAGCAGUCGUUUAAUUGCUCCUAUCCUUUCGUGCAACAUUGUUGCAGCGUCGCCGCUAUUGACACGCGUUGUGGUGGUAGUGGUGGUGGAGGAGGAGGUGGUGGUGGUUUAGGCUGCUGGAGGGACCGGAGGCCUGUGGUCGUUUUGAUCCCGAACUGAUGUUUUGGCCAACCUGACUUUUAAUGUUCGCGAGGGAGAGAGUGGGGAAUCUCUGUCCUGUAUUCGAAACGGAACAUGUCUUUUUCAUGGCUGACUUGUUCACUUCUUCUGGGAACUUUAUGCGCAGGGUACAGUCUUGGCGAAGCCGAAACCCGGGAGUGUGUCUACUACAAUGACAACUGGCGCACGGAGAGGACGAACCAGAGUGGCUUUGAGCGCUGCGAGGGGGAGAAGGACAAGCGACUGCACUGUUAUGCCUCCUGGCUCAACUCCUCAGGGACCAUAAAGCUGGUGAAGAAAGGCUGCUGGCUGGAUGACUUCAACUGCUAUGACAGGCAAGAGUGUGUCUCUAUGGAGGAAAACCCUCAGGUGUUCUUCUGCUGCUGCGAGGGUAACUACUGCAAUGAGCGGUUCACCCACCUUCCUGACAUGAUUGGCAGUGGCAACCGAGUGAAAAUCCGGCCGCCACCUCGAGUCCCAUCCCUGCUCAAUGUGCUGGUGUACUCGCUGCUGCCUCUCUGCGUGCUGUCCCUGGCCCUGGUACUGGCCUUGUGGAUGUACCGCCACCGGAAGCCUCCCUAUGGCCACGUGGACCUCAGUGAGGAUCCUGGACCUGUUCCUCCAUCCCCUUUGGUGGGUUUGAAGCCCCUGCAGCUGCUGGAGAUCAAAGCUCGGGGGCGAUUCGGUUGCGUUUGGAAGGCACAGCUGAUGAGCGAAUAUGUGGCAGUGAAGGUUUUCCCUGUUCAGGAUAAGCAGUCGUGGCAAAAUGAGCGGGAUAUAUUUUUGACCCCGGGGAUGAAGCAUGAAAACAUCUUGCGUUACAUUUCUGCCGAGAAGCAUGGAACCAACCUGGAAGCUGAGCUGUGGCUUAUCACAGAGUUUCAUGAGAGGGGCUCAUUGACUGACCACCUGAAGGGUAACACUGUGACCUGGACUGAGCUGUGUCACAUAGCAGAGACCAUGUCCCGCGGUUUGGCCUACCUCCAUGAAGACAUUCCCAGCUACAAGGGAGAGGGCCCCAAACCCACCAUUGCGCACAGGGACUUCAAGAGUAAGAAUGUGAUGCUGCGAGAUGAUUUGGCUGCUGUCAUUGGAGACUUUGGACUGGCUGUGCGGUUCGAACCCGGAAAGCCUCCUGGAGACACUCAUGGCCAGGUUGGCACGAGGCGCUACAUGGCUCCAGAGGUGCUGGAGGGAGCUAUUAACUUUCAGAGAGACUCCUUCCUGAGGAUAGACAUGUACGCUGUGGGCUUGGUGCUGUGGGAGCUGGUGUCCCGCUGCUCAGAGACAGACGGUACAGUUGGCGAGUACAUGCUGCCGUUUGAGGAUGAAAUAGGUCAGCAUCCUACCCUGGAGGAUCUGCAGGAUGUGGUCGUGCACAAGAAGAUGCGUCCAGCCAUCAAGGAAUGCUGGCUCAAACAUCCUGGUCUGGGCCAGAUGUGCGAGACCAUCGAGGAAUGCUGGGACCACGACGCGGAGGCCCGACUGUCGGCCGGCUGCGUGGAGGAGCGCCUCGGCCAGAUUGCCAGGACGAUAAGCAGCACUACCUCAGACAGCCCCGUCUCCAUUGUGACGUCUCUCAUCAACGAAGACCUUCCUCCCAAAGAGUCCAGCACCUGAACGGGUGACGCUAUCCUUCACCAGAGCUCCUGACUUUUUGUUCUUCACAUCCAAACUCAGUGGAUCUCCGUGAAUAUUUAACACCAUGGAAGGAAAAAAAAAACGAAAAACCUAGCAACUUAAAUACAGCUGCUAUUUUAUCCCAAUACUGGUAUUUUUUUCUGUUUUUAAUGUUUUUCUGUGUCCUCAGUCAGAUCUUACUAACACCAUCCAUUUGCUGUAGUGAAAGUAGUAAUAAGCUAUACGAUGGGCACAUAACAUCGGUGCGUCAAAUCUUAAACGUGGUCACCUCAUGCAUUUAUUUCAUGUUUGUCCUUUUUUGGUCUUUUUUUUUUUUUUUUUAAUUACCUCAUGAGUUGUUGUCUUUGUAUUUCCCAUUGUGGUCAUGAACGUCUGCGGCCAAACGAAAUGAACCUUUUGCUCCAAACCUCAGACGACGUGCUGCACACCUCGGAGGAACCCUUUUGAGACUGUUAAACAAAAUAUAUUCAUCUUCCUCAGGGGUUGAAGCUUCUCAAUUUUUAAAACUCGGAGUAUGCUCCCUUAUUUUAAACCUGUGAAUUCCUCAGAAUGGAUUAAGAAAAAUCUGAAGCACAGCUGUUUCAUUGUAAGGGAGGGAGCUGAAUGAGAGCUGAGCAGUUAUAUUGAACGUUUUGGACUCUUUGAAGAUUUUGGACAAGCGUCUUGUCCUCAGAACUACCUCUCAGGUAUCCAGCAGGCUUCUUUGGAACAUUUCUUUAAGUUAAGAGCCAAGCUAUCCAGCUAGCUAUCAUGGACAUAUUCCUGGACUUUUUUUUUUUUUUUCUUAUUCUUUUUUUUUUUUAAUUGUUGAAAUUCAGAGUUACUCCUUUGCCAGUGCCAGGGGCAUUGACGGAUGCUGUCUGGAGUUGCAAUGUUACACAUUCUUAAUUUCAGCUGCGUUUGUGUGCGAGUGAAAGCGUGCGAGUCUGAAGUUUUAAAGAUGUGAGACGCAUAGAGAGCGUGUUUCGAAAGUAAGAACCAUGGACUGGUAAUUUGGGGUUUAUCCUUGCAUGGGCCAUACUUGAGCAAGCAACAUGUCUGUUUUUUUCGUUUUUGUUUUUAUUCAUUUUCUUUCUUUUAUUUCCAGUCUGGUCAGUAGACUCAGUCAGACACCGGUACACAGAUACCUCAGUCACUGUAUGUCAUGCAAGGAGGACUCUAAUGGUUGCCUUUGUCUCAAAUGCAAUGCCAUAGUUGUACCCUAACAUGAAAACCAUACAUUGAAUGUCCGUAAUGCUGCUGUGACUAUUCCAGGAUACUCAAGGAUUUGUAGAUGUAUUCUUUGUUAAUACAACACUAACAUGUGAUAACUAUCCAUGAUAUUAUGUGAGGCUAAUAUCAUUAUUAUUAUUAUUUUUUUUUGACUGGGUAGGCCCUCAGCUGCUUACUCCUCCAAACUGACCUCAGAUAUUCUGACAAGUACCUCAGGCUUUUUCUACAUGUAUAUCAAGUUGUGUUAUGUAUUUUGUUGUGUUUUAGUGGUCGGAAUUUUUUUUAUUGCUGGUUGGGUCUCCGUGUCUGUGGAAAAUGUUUUUUCUUUUUCUUGUUUUAUGUUCUCUCUCUUUCUCUUGCUCUCUCUCUCUCUUUCUCUCUCUGUGUGGAGCCUGACCAGAUUUCACAGUGUUGAUGCUCGAGAAAAAAAAAAACCUAAAAGAAGACAGGCAGAUUCUUGUAAAUAUGCGUGUAUACACACACAAACCGAACACUGACUUAUUUUUUUCCCUUUCUUCUUUAAACACAAAAUCAGGGCAUUGCUGUUUCCUGUUUCACAGUUAACGAAAGAGAUUUAUCUGCUUCCCAUCUACAUAUUUAAGUUAUUUCGAUAAGUAGCCCUGAGGUGUUCGUCAUUGAUUUUCAAGAAGUGUUACUGAUAUUAAUGAAUAAUGGUAUUGACUCCUCUGGAUUAGAAGCUGUGAGGGUGGUGCUGACGUUAGAAAAUUUAGUGUUUCACUGAGAACAAGCAAGAAAAACACAUUCGUUACGUUUGGUGCAGGCAGCUUCUGUGAUUGGCCACUUGUUUGAACAGUAUUGCCUCAAUAUUAACCUGCUGAUGUGAUGUUCUGACCUGUUUAGUGAUAGUUUAGCCACAUUGGACUACACACAGGCUCGUCUGUUGUGCUUUGAUUCGUGGUGUGGAAAGAUAGUGAUUUUUAACAGUGAUCUGUAGCUCUUGCUGACGUGCAGUUUUGAUAAAGGACCUCUGGGGGAAAAAAAAUACCCGAGUCAGUGCCGGAAAAUGUUUUUUAGAUGUUUGGAAACCAUCAUCGUGUUUGGAUCCAUGUGAUUGACUGAUGCCACACCGUCAGGAAUCGUGUAAACAGCGGCAUGUCCAGUGAUGCAGCAAUAUUUACUAUACAGCAAUAGUCAUUUGAAGAUGAUAGUUUUGUCAUUAAGCUCUGCUGGGACGCAGCAGCUAUCUUCUGCAGUUCAACAUGAUACAUCUCAUCGCACCUGGAUCGUGCUCUGAUGGUCUAACUCUCGAUCGGGGGGAGGGAGGGAGGGAGGGGGGUAGGUUGAACUCUUGUGCGCACUCUGAACGUGGCCCAGGUGCUUUCACGAAUUGUGCCAGAGAAGCAACGGUCACGUUGGCGAGCCUGCCGUGAUCAGUGUUUUCCUCCAAAUGCUGUCUUACACCCAGCUCUUCUGAACCGAAAAAACCUGUUACCUCAUGCCGUACCUUGUUCAGUAACACUAAAAGGAGUCAGUCUCAUCUUCAACAAAAAAAUGGAAAAAAAAAAUUAAAAUAAAAUAAACAGAUCAAUUAUUGUAUAUAUAUUUACUUGAUGAAUAUAAAAAGGUUUCUUCCUUUUCAUGUGUGGAUCCUGUGAAAGCAAAUUCUUUUUUUUCUUUAUAUUUUUGACUUGCAGUCAACAUAAUGUUUAUUUCUCAUAGUGUGAACAGAUGUUUGACUUGAGUGAUCUUCCCUUGUUAUGUGAACUGUGUGCGUGUGCGCUUGUUGGUUGUUUUCACUAAAUAAGUAUGAAUGGUAACUUUAUCUGUGCAUAUUAAAUGCUUAGAAAUAUAAACUAGAUGAGAAAACAUCCAUCUUUUUGUAUAUGAAAAUAAAAACAAAUCCUGA